CUCGAAACCUCCCGGGGACAGCGAGGGCCCCGUGUGCGGUGCCAUGGCCGAGCUGCCCGAAGGGACCGAAGGGACCGAAGCGAGCGAUGCCACCGAGCUGACCGAGCUGGAGGCGGCCAUCGAGCGCAUCGUCACCGUGUUUGUCACCUUCGCCGCCAAGGAGGGCAGGAAGGGGACGCUGAGCACCGGAGAGUUCAAGGAGCUGGUGCGGCUCCAGCUGCCCAACAUGAUGAAGGACGUGCCCUCCCUGGAGGAGAAGAUGAGCGAGCUGGACGUGAACAACGACGAGGAGCUGAGAUUCGGGGAGUUCUGGCGGCUGAUCGGGGAGCUGGCCAAGGCCGUGCGCAGGGACAAGGCGGCCAAGAAGUGA